UUGUUUACUAUUGGAGGAAUGACUGGUGUUAUGUUGUCUAAUUCUAGAAUUGAUAUUAUUUUACAUGAUACUUAUUAUGUUGUUUCUCAUUUUCAUUAUGUUUUAAGUCUUGGUGCUGUUUUUGGUAUUUUUGCUGGUUUUGUUUAUGAUAAAGAACAUAUAUAUAUAUUUUUGAAAAUGUAUGUAAAAAUUACAAGUAACUUUGUCACGAAAAAAUAUGGAGAUAAUUCAUUUGAUGCUGUUAUUGAAUUUGAAGAUAUGAUUAUUAUUAGUAAUAUUUAA